CCAGCCAGCAGGCGGCACCAUGGCCGUGAGCCUUUUGCGGGACUGGUGCCGGGGACUGGAUGUGGACACGCACCGCGCACUGCUGGUCACCGGCAUCCCGGAGGGCCUGGAGCAAGCCGCCAUCGAGGCUGUCCUGCAGCCGGCCCUCUUGCCCCUGGGCACAUUCAGGCUAUGGAACACCAGGGCCGCGAGGGACCACAAGGCCAAGGCCGCCCUGGUGGAGUUUGUGCAGGACAUAAAUCACGCGUCCGUCCCCAGGGAGAUCCCGGGUAAGGACGGAGUCUGGAGGGUUGUGUGUCAGGACCCCGCGGAGGACCCAAGAGUCCUGAGGCACAUGAGACGGCUGGUGCUGGAUGACAGGCCCUGGAAGGCCACAGGGCCCUGGGCCCCCGAGAACACGCUCCCCUCUCCCGCUAAGGAGACACAGGCCCAGGGUUCAGAGCCAACCGCCAAGAGGGCUGGCCCACCUCCUAGGAGGGGCCGCAGGGCUCGCAGAAACAGAGCUAGAGGCAACAGGUGGGCCCCGAGGGGCCAGAGCACCGAGGGACGGGAGCAGCCGCCCACAUCUGCCAGGCGGGAGUCUGACGCCUCCUCCGAGGGCAGCCUGGGCAUCGUGCUGGAGGAGCUGGACCAGGACGACCUGAGCGCGGACGAGGCGCAGAGCGUGCUGUCCACCACGCUGCACCAGGCCGCCAGGGAGCUCAGCACGAAGGAGUGGGCCCUGCAGGGCCGCACCCACGCACGAGAGGGGACCCACGAGUUCUUGGCCCUGGUGACGGUGACGGAUGAGGCCAAGCAGGAGCCGACGGAGAAAGAGGCCUCAGAGCCCCAGGCGGUCAGCCUGGACAGCAGCGGCGGCAGCAGCGAAGCCCGGAGCCGCGUCCCCGACUUAGUGGCCCUGCUUGCUGUGCGAGACGCGGGCGACGAGGAGCCCGUCGACGGCGAUGCUCCCGAAGGCGAGUCGCAGCCGAACGGGGAGCCGGGAGACGAGGAGCUGGACCACCCCGAGUUUGUGGCCAUUGUGGCCUCUACGGACCCGUCGGACCCCUCGGCCCGCGAGGAGCUGCUGAAGAUCGCUUCCGUGAUCGCGUCCCUGGGCUGGAGACCCCGCACAGACCCAACCGAUACCCUGGGCGAGGUCCUGUCCGUCCUGUGCCAGGACACUGGGGGAGCCCGCGUGCAGGUGCAGGAUGCCGGCCGCCGGGUGGACGGCCUGGUGCUGCGGAAGGCCACGGGCGGCGGGAGCCUGCGGGAGUGCGUGUGCGCCCUGGCCGCGCCCGACCCCCUGUCGCCGGGCAGGAGGGCGCCGUGGGGCCUCCUGGCGGGCUGGGGCGACGGCGAGGGGGGCCUCCUGGAGCUCGUGGCGCUGCUGGCCGCGCGGGACACGGCGGGGGUGACGCCGGAGGCCGGGGACAGCGGCCGGGAGGGCGGGCGGGGCGGGCGCGCCGGAGGCCAGCUGGGCGAGGUGCUGGAGCUGCUGGCUGCCGGGGAGGGCGCGGCGGCGGAGGCGCCGGAGAGCGGAGAGUCGGGACCCGAGCGCCGGGCGUCCGGGAAGGCAUGGACCAAGCGGGCGCGCACGGCCUCCGGGACCCUGGGCGAGAUGGCGGCGGCCCUGGGCCCGUCGGGCUCCCGCAGACGCCGAGGGGCAGGCGGAGGCCGCGGCGGGCGGGCGGUCACUCCCGAGACGCGCGCGGGGGACCGGGCGGCGGCGCAAGGGAAAAAGAAGGGGCGCGCGGGCGCGGAGCCCCAGGUGCAGGCCGGCGAGGUCGGGGCUCAGCCGCCCCCCGGCUCCGAGUCAGCCCGCGGGAAGAAGACUCGUCGCGGCGGGAGGCAGUCCCCCAAGUGCCUCUAG